CAACCGGAAAUGUACAAACGGUAAUAUACAGCAGCCAACGAGCAGCUGGUAGUGUUGUGGAAAUAGCUCUCAAGCUAACUAUUCCAACGUUUUAUUCUCCACGUUGGGUUUCCAGCAAAAGCAACAAUGUCUGAAAGAAAAGUCCUGAAUAAAUACUACCCCCCGGAUUUUGAUCCAUCCAAAAUCCCAAAACUUAAACUCCCAAAAGAUCGUCAGUAUGUGGUCAGAUUGAUGGCUCCAUUCAAUAUGAGGUGUAAAACAUGUGGCGAGUACAUCUACAAGGGGAAGAAGUUCAAUGCACGCAAAGAGACCGUUCAGAAUGAGCUUUACAUGGGACUACCGAUCUUCCGUUUCUACAUCAAAUGUACUCGAUGUCUUGCUGAGAUUACGUUUAAGACUGACCCAGAGAACACAGACUACGCAAUGGAGCACGGUGCAACGCGCAACUUCCAGGCAGAGAAACUGGUUGAGGAGGCGGAGAAGAGAGUCCAACUAGAGAGGGAAGAAGAGGAACUUAACAACCCCAUGAAGGUGUUGGAGAACCGCACAAAGGAUUCCAAGAUGGAGAUGGAGGUUCUGGAGAACCUUCAGGAGCUGAAGGAGCUGAACCAGAGGCAGGCUCUGGUGGACUUUGAGGGAAUGAUCGGCCGGUACAGAGAGAUGGAGCAGAGAGAGAAGGAAAGGGAGAAAGAAGAGGAUGAGCGUGAGACAAAAGAGAUGUUGGAUCGUGCCCUUGUGAAAAGACUCCGAGACUCUGACUCUGAUUCAGAGAAGGAAGAGGAGAGCAGCAGCAGCUCACAAUCAAGGAAACUCAGCACAGACAAACCAACAGACAUCCUCACCACUGUCAAAACCCCAGAGGCACAGGGAACCUCAGCUGGAGGAGUGAAGAGGGCCAAGGUGGAGAGCUGGGAGAGGAGUGUGGGGACGCUGGGCAGUAAAGGGGCCCUGGGGUCCCUGGUUGUGCGAAAGAAACCAGCGCCGGCUUUCAUCAAACCCAGUCCAGUGGCAGCAGCUGCUGCUCCCACUUCACAAACGGAUUUAGAGGCAUCCACGGCUGACUCCAAGAAUGCCUCAAGGCCUGUUACCACACAAAAUGGGUCAUCGUCUCUCAGCCUGCUGGGGGCAUAUUCAGAUAGCGACAGCAAUGACAGCGAAUGAGAAGAUCUUUGGGAUGGUUUUUGAUUUGAGUGACUGACACCCAAUUGUAUAAAUGAUGCACAAAGGAAUAUGAUGAUAUGGACUUUUUUUGUAAUGUGUAAACCAGUUUGUGGGUGUAUCCUAUGAAAGCCUUUCUAUAAAAAAGAGACUGGUGAUAAGCUAAUGUGUUGGUGGGCAGUCAUUAGCAGGAAUUGUAUUGUCUGCUGUCCAAACCCAGUGAAACACAAAUAACCUUCCUUAGCUGAUCCACCAGUUCAUGGACCUGUUGUUUCUGAGAAAUUAACCUAGAAAAAACUGGUAAUGUUUGAAUUUUUGUGAGUCACAUUUGCCCUGUGAAAAUAUCAGGUGUAUAUUUUAGUGAUUAUUAAAAUCUGUUUAAAUUGAA